GUGCGGGUAUGGUUUCAUUCGGGCUGUGGCAGCGGCGCUGGUCGGACGUAUACGUAGUGCGGAAGGUGUUGGCAAGAACGACUGCUCUGCCGGACUUCUUGCUUCUUUUCCCACUUAUUAUCGAAUUCUCUGUGACAGUACGGCGUCUGCCUGGCGUGUAGGAAGUGACAGUGUUUACUGCAAAUAGAAGGUCAGGAUGAAGAUGUGGGUGGCGGUGGUUGGUGUGCUGGCACUGGCAUCCAGAUCACACUCGACCUUCACAUAUCCUGACUCUGAGGACAGCGUGUUACCUGGCGUGAGGACUAUGCCUGCGGGGAGGCAUCCAGAAGAGGAGAGAAUACACUUCCCCACAGACGACUUCACGGAUAUACUAGACCUGCACGAGCUCGACAGAGACACCCUGAAUCGCCUCAACGCUAUCACCAACAUCUCCGACUUCGCUCAGAUGUUCGACCUGUCACUGCCGGAGGACGACUCCGACAACUCUUCGGUGAUGACCAGGUUUGGCGGCUCUAACGAUGAGUCGGUAGAGCUGGCCUCCAUGGCUAACUGCAAGCCGGAGCUCCGCACGGUAGAGCUGGACCUGCCCCACGACCCCCACACUACCUUCUACCCGACCUGCAUCCGGGUCGAGCAGUGCGGCGGCUGCUGCUUCGGGCCGCUGCUCACCUGCAGGCCAAGCAUCACCAAGGCCUUCGAUGUCAAGGUGCUGAAGACGACGACGAGCUCGAGCGACUCCUCCCGCCGCAGCCGCCCGGGCCGCCGCCACCGCCGCGAGAACACCGUCAGCUACCACACGGUGUCGGUGGUGAAGCACACGGCCUGCGAGUGCGGGUGCAAGGUGCAGGCCAGCGACUGCAACACCACCAUCCACACCUACCAUGAGGGCGAGUGUGCCUGCGUUUGCAAAGACAGAGACGAGAAAAGUAAAUGCGAGGAGCAGAAUAGCACGAAAUACUGGUCAGACGAGACGUGCUCCUGUUACUGCCGCAAACCGCUGUCUUGUGGCUCAGGAGAAUAUUUCUCCCAAGUCUCCUGCAGGUGCGAGCAUCUGGCCGUGCGGAGUGGCAUCAUCUUCGGCGCCGGAGAAGAACCUAUUUACGAGCGCGGAAGAUCGGCCAGCCCCACGCGGAUACCUUGGAACAGGAUCAACCGCAGAAAGCCAGUCAGGGUGUCGUAGGAGGGUGUAUUCGCGACUGGGACCGGAUCAUGUUAUUUGAUUUUUGAAAGCUUGGGGGUUUCAGCUCCCAGGCUAAAUGAUCUAUAAUGAUAGGUUAUUUAUAUUAACAAGCCAAGAAAGCGUAACCAAAUAUAUAUUAUAGUAUAUACGCUCAUAUUUUAUAUCAUACUCGGAUGUUAAGUCUCGUAAAUACAUAUGCAGACGCGCAGAAUGCUGCUAGUAGUAUUUUUAUGUAAAAAUAAAGGGAGGUUCUGGAUAUCUAUGUUAAUUUGCGUUAUAUAAAAACUCAACUGAUCGAGGCUAUGAAGUUGCCAAAUUGUCUGAUAUCCAGACUAAAAUAUUAUUUUCUUCAUUAAAUAGCUGUCACUUAUGAAGAUGCGUGGCUCGAUUAUGUCACUGUGUCUUUGCGUCCUUGCUUAUGAACCUCCUUAGCACAGUCUCCCCCAUUCUACACAAACAAUUGAAGAUACAAUAGAAAAAUUAUAUAUAUGUGUAUGUAUGUAUGUAUGUAUAUGUAUAUGUAUAUAUAUAUAUAUAUAUAUAUAUAUAUAUAUAUAUAUAUAUAUAUAUAUAUAUAUACAUAUAUAUAUAUAUACACAGAGAGAGAGGGGGGGGGGAAGAGAGAGAGAGAGGGGGGGAAUGAAGAGAGAGAGAGAGAGAGGAGGGGAAGGAAGAGAGAGAGAGAGAGAAGGGGAGAAAUAUAGAGAGAGAGGAGGGGAAAAAGAGAGAGAGACGGAGAAAGAGAGAGAGACGGAGAAAGAGAGAGAGAGAGAGAGAGAGAGAGAAAGGAAGAGACUGACAGAGAGAAUGAAAAUGACAGCGCAGUACAAUGCAUUUCACAACCCAAGGGCAUUUUCAAUUCAAACAUAAAACAGCAUUUAUAUAGCGUCAGAACACCAGUCUUUUCCUUUGACCGCCUCUGAUGCUUUCAGAGCAACACGCCCAGAGAGGCUGAAGUACAGAAGUGGUUCAUUUUCCAAAGAACAAUGCGCAAGCUUUAACUAGGGAGGAUUAGGCUGCAUUUACAAUUAGUUCACUGUCUUUUCAUUAUCAGGUGAUAACGUAAAGACCUGCUGGACAUUAUUCCCAAGUUAUUUUGUAUUCCAGAAUAUGUCAUGACACCAUAAUAGAUUCAUGACAUAAUAUUCUCUGCUGGCAUUAAUAGGCUUUUGUUUGGUUAUGUGAAAGCUUACCUUUUACAUGUAAAAACAUAACAGCGCAGAUUCCCAUCUUCUUCAAAAUGUGUUUAAAGUAUUUACCAUGUAAUAUAUCUAUAUUAUAUUUUAUUUCAAAAGAGAUUAUCACCUAAAAAAAAAUUAUUUUAUGUAUUGUUCUUGUACUGAAUGCUUUAUAAAUACAGUAUGUAUAUUUUUA